GGGUUUGGAUUUCUUUGGAAACUUUUUCUUACCCUGAAAACGUCUGGCCCUUGUAAAAUCCCUCUCUCCCCCUCUGUUUGUUUGCAGAAGAAGAGAAUCCACGACUCAUCAUCCUCUCUGAAAUGCCAUUCUUUCAUUUGAGAUUGUCUGUUCCGGAAUGUGUAUAUUGUGGAUAAUAGUUAGAAUGCUGAAAAAUUGGUUUCUGCAAGUGGGUGGCUCCAUUAUUCCUAUGAGAAGGAGAUUGUCUGUUCCGGAAUGUGUUCCGGGCACCCUUUUGUGGCCGCUGUUUGGCUAUGUGGUGGACUGCACACAUUUGCAACCAAGCACAAUGCAGUCAAUUUUUCGGGUUUCUGUCAUGAAGAAUGUGCCACCCUCUCUUGGGUUUAGUAGUUCCUUCUCAAGACUCCACUCUCUUGGAGCACUGCCAAUGAGCAUCAAUGCAGGAGAAACACUUGAUUCUGAUGAGUGUGGGGAGUCAAAACUUGGGGCAGAUUCAUCUAAGAAGCAUACUUUGAAUGGGGUGGUUCAGUUGGAUAGUUAUUCCAACUCGGGUGAAAUUUAUAUCAAUGAUCAUUGUAAGGAAAGCCAAAGAAGAAGAAAGAUAGGUCUAGCAAACAAAGGUAGAGUUCCAUGGAAUAAAGGCAGAAAACAUAGUGCAGAGACUCGUGAGAAGAUCAGACAGAGAACAAUACAAGCCUUGAGAGAUCCCAAGGUUAGACAGAAGAUGUCUGAAUGUCCCCGUACUCACAGCGAACAAAGCAAGGCAAAAAUACGGUCUUCACUCCGCCGGGUCUGGGGAAAGCGCUUGAAAUGGAAACGGUCAAGGGAGAAAUUUUAUCUGUCAUGGGCAGAAAGCAUAGCAAAGGCGGCUAAGAAAGGUGGGAGUGACCAAGAAGAACUAGAUUGGGAUAGCUAUGAUAAGAUAAAAGAAGAGAUAGCUCUUCAACAGCUUCAGUGGGCUGAAAACAAGAAAAAGGCAAAGGAACUUGCAAAGAUGAGAGCAGAGAGAGCUGCACGGGCCAGAGCAGAAAAGAUGGCAAUGCUUGCUGAAAAGAGAAGAGAGCGGGAACGGCAAGCAGAAGCAAGAGGAGAAAUAAAGAGAGAGACAACUAGGAAAUCAAAGGAAGACAAAGAAGAGUUAGCAGUUGCCAAGGGCUUAAAACUCAAAGAGAGAUUAACAAAGCUUCACAAGAAGAAAUCCAUAAAUGGUCAAGUUGCAAGUCUAAGGGAGAUGGUUAUCUCUCAGAUCCCAGCUUGUGAGAAAUUGGAUCUGGAGUUCAUAAAAAGAGAGAGAAUGCAAAGAGAAGUCUCUCUUGCAGAUCAGAUUCGUGCUGCCAAGAGCAAAAGGGCACAAUCAGCAAUGAGGGAAGCUCUGACUGAGCUAUCCCCCAGUUACCCGUCCAGUGCAAGAUCGAGUUAAAUGAGCUUAGGAUCCACUACUUUGCAGCAAUGGGAAACAUAACAUGUCUGAAGGUCAAGGAGACAGUUUCUUUAUAUGUUGUUCAUUUGCUUCUUAGUUCCUUACUGCUAUUCCUUUCUGCACUUUGAUUUCUGUCCAUUGGGAGGGACUGAAAAAUCACAGCAUCUUGCAACAGAAAUUCCAUUCCCAACUUGGUAUGGAGUUCCAAAUUUUCAUUCAUUUCAAGGAUGUAUCAUUUCAUGACUGAAUUAUCAUCACUCCAUAUCAUGGAUAUUUGCUACUGUUUAAACUUGGGAACUGGGGAUUAAAUGUGAUGAAGUUGUCAACUUGACUCGAAAAUUCAACCAUGAUGCUUAGAAAUGGACUGACUUUUAUCAUUUCUGUAAUCAAAUGAACAUUGUUCUGCUUCUUCUUUUAGUCCAGAUUUUGUUGUUCUUUAUUUACUUUGCUUUUAUUCUCCAUGGCAUGGAGAAGACUGAUGAACCUUUUUCCUGAAAACAGAUGGUGAAAGAAGUAAAUCAGUUGUACAACACCCCCAUUUCGGGUAUCAGUUUGAACCAAAGCAAAUUUCGAUCUACAGUGAAAAUCUUCCAGGGAGCAGUUCAGAACAAGCUGUUCAUCAUAGCUCUUCCUCAUGUGACUAACAGACUAGAGGAUGAAGGAGUUGAAAUAAGUAAGAACUUAGUUGUCCUUGAUCAUUCUACCUGAUCAGUUUUGGGAACCUUUUAAGAGUAUUUUUAUUGACCCUUUUACAUAAAUCAAAGGCUCUGAUUGAUUUUUA